AUGGAGCCUCAUGAGGUAAAAAAGAGUAUUGCCUACAUCAAUGGCCACAAAGUCCAAAUUGCGCUGGAUGCAGCCAAGAGCAGUGCACCACCUAGUGUUAUUGGAAAAAUGCUCCAGUUACAAACUGGCAACAUCUUGUCGGACUCUUCUUUGCAACACAUAAGGAUACGGUUGGGAAAAGAGCAAGAAACAGUGUUGCUCAAGGAUGAAGAAUUCAUGACGCAGGCAGACAAGCUUUUGUCCUAUCUUGAGAACACUCCCGAGAUCAGCUUUUGUGCUAUAUACGAUGACCCAGAUUCACCUCUCUUCACAGUUUACAAGCAGAGAGCAAAAAAAGACCGCAGGUGUCUACACACAAGUAUUAGAGUUAACUCCGGGGUAUCUGCUGAAACGGGAAUUCUUGACAACGCUACACUAGAUGCAAUGGAUCCCAAUGGAGAACUUGAUGACUAUGUUGACCGCACACGUUGCGCAUUCAAGCUCCUUGGCUCACAAAAAAUGCUGUUAGGAGUUGCCUGGACAAAUAAUGAGAGCAGAAAUGUAUUCUCUCGUUUUUCGGAGAUAAUGGUAGCAGAUGUGACGGAAGGCACAAACAACGCCAAGCGACCGCUAUUUCUAUUCUCUGGGAAGACGUCAAACCAAAACACUUUCACAACACUGUGGGCUUUUUUACCACAGCAGGCUUGUUGGGCCUUCCAUUGCGUGUGGACUCGAUGCAUACCGCAACUACUCCCAAAGCAAGGAAUUCAACAAAUGCGCCUGACAAUAACAGAUGGAGAUCCAAAAGAGUACGGGACCUUUGUAGAUGCAAUACCAACUUUCUACCCUCUUUGCGAACACAAGCUUUGUCACUGGCAUCUACUGUAUUGCAGUAAUCUCAUGAAGGUGCAGACUGGAAAAUGUGGAGUUAAAGCUGCUAUUCUAUUCCGUGUAGUUGUUCUUUGGAUUGAGAGCUGGAUGACCAAAAUUGAGACACAAGAGGAAUACAAACUUUCUAAAAGGCUCUUGGCUGAUUGGCUUGCAACCCCCGAAGCUAUUGAUGUCACAUUGGGUGGUAUGGGGCAAACUAUUGUAUCGCAAAUUAAUGCGUACAUGACACUGUCGCUUUUUCCUCACGAACAGCGCUGGGCUAGAUAUCGCUAUUUAUACACACGAGCAUUCAACACAUCUGCAAGCUCGUAUGCCGAGGCAGAAAAUAGUGCUUUAAAACGACGGGGCGACGGGGUCAGGCCAAGCUUUUCUGUACCAAAAGCAACUCAGGUUAUAAACAAAGGGACACAAAUUAGGUCAAAGAAGAGGCAUCAAAAAGCUGUUUACAAUUUAAAUGCUGCCAAGACAAGAAAGCCUGCCUACUACGCAAACAUUGGGGAUUUAGUGGAUUACAUUCAAGAUUCUCUUUCCAAAGAUUUUGAAGCAGCUGCUUCAUUUGUGCUCUUCCGUCCAAAUGCAGACCAGUUUUGGGUCAAGCAAGCCACUCGCAAAAGCAAAAACACGGACAUUCCGAAAAUCAACGACAGUAGCUAUUACAAGUACAUGAUUCCGCAGUUUGAACGCACACAAAUUGUGGAGCUUCUGCGGAAAUUUCAGCGACAAGCUUCCCCAUGUGCCCAUCUUUACAAGGUUCUUGGUCAAUCACCCACGUCAACCGAUGUCUCUGUACGCUGGACAAAGCACUGGGAUGUGUAUUUGCACCGAAGUGGCCACAGUGACCUGUCAAAGCACUUGGAAGACCUGUACAAACAGGAGCAACCAGGUCCAGUAUUUGUUGAUAGUGGUCAGUGGGUGAUCGGAAAAGGUGAAAAAGGGUCAUAUUUUUUCGAAACUUCGCUUCCGUACAAGCCCCCUGUCAUACGAGAUUUUAAUCGAUGGGCAGUGUCUUCGCAAACGACUGGAGCUGAUUUGAGUGGGACCAAAAAUACCACAAAUAUGUAUUUUUCGAGUGGAAUGGUGCAAGAAUCAACAAGCCUGUCCAGAGAGCAUGCAUUCCAGGAUUCAUUGCAUGAAAAUUCCACAAAUUCGCAAAAUUCGGAUUGUUUUGAUGAUACAGAGGCAGUGACAACGGAAAGUGUAUCUUCUACGAAAAGAAUGUUUGGCUCAAGUGCUUUUGUGCACAAUUUCCAUUUCUACCAGGAAAUGUCCAAGCUGGCAGGAUUUGAUAUGGAAGCUGCUGAGUCGAUGAAUAAAGCUAUGCAAGAAGCAUUGGAAAAGGUACAAGCCAAUGUUGCAAAAAGGGCUGGGAAGAUGGAUUACACUAUAGGACCAGCCAUUACAAAGGACUGUGUAGGUCUAAGAUUGAAGCCAAGCUACAGUCCAAAGAAGAGGAGGAAACCAAACUUACAAAGGAAAUGA